GGAGCGCGGAGGGUCGCGUGGCUGCCCGCUCGGCCCGGGGCUGGGCCCGGAUCAUGUGAUCGAGCGGUUCGCGGCAUGGAGGCGAGCUCUGCUCAGUGCACACGGAUUAUCUCCCGUUUAACCCCCACCGCAGCUCCCGGGGCUGUAGGCAGUGCCCCUCGCGGAGGAGCAAAUGGAGGCCCCGGGUGUCAUUCAUGCCUGGGCACCCGCUGGGAAGUGGCAGAGCCAGGAUCGGGACCCUUGCAGUCUGUCCCUCGAGUCCCAGCUCUGCCAGCAGAGAACUCCCGAGUCACGUGAUAGAGCUCGUGAGAUCCCGGUUACUUUUGAAGACUUCAUGGAUGGGAAAGUACGUUGGGAUCCUUGGGGGACGCGGAAUGUGUGCCUGAGCCCUGUGCAGGAACCGUUCGUUGACAGUGACCAUCUUUCCACCGUAGAAAAGGACACAAAUGGAGAAGUUCUGUGGGUGUGGUGUUAUCCUUCCACGACAGCUGCACUGAGGAACCUGCUGCUGAGAAAAUGCUGCCUCACGGAUGAAAACAAGCUUCUCCAUCCCUUCGUCUUUGGCCAGUAUCGAAGAACGUGGUUUUAUAUCACAACAGUUGAAGUUCCAGAUUCUUCAGUUUUGAAAAAGGUGACUCAUUUUUCUAUUGUUCUGACCGCCAAAGAUUUUAACCCAGAGAAAUAUGCCGCCUUCACUAGGAUAUUGUGUAGAAUGUACCUGAAACAUGGGAGCCCAGUAAAAAUGAUGGAGAGUUACAUUGCAGUUCUCACCAAGGGGAUAUGCCAGAGUGAAGAGAAUGGCUCGUUCCUUAGCAAGGACUUUGAUGCCCGAAAGGCAUACCUUGCAGGCUCCAUCAAAGAUAUUGUAUCUCAGUUUGGAAUGGAAACUGUUAUCUUAUAUACAGCACUGAUGCUAAAGAAAAGAAUUGUCGUCUUUCACCCAAGAAUAGAAGCUGUCCAGGAGUUUACCAGGACGCUGCCUGCCCUGGUGUGGCAUCGACAGGAUUGGGCCACUCUUCAUUCAUAUGUGCACCUCAACAGCGAUGAGCUGGAAGCCCUGCAGAUGUGCACAGGUUACAUCGCUGGAUUUGUAGACUCGGAGGUGAGCAAUCGACCAGACCUCUAUGAUGUUUUUGUGAAUCUGGCAGAUAGUGAAAUCACUGUUGCGCCACUUGCGAAAGAGGCUAUGACAAUGGGGAAACUGCACAAAGAAAUUGGUCAGCUAAUUGUCCAGGCUGCCGAAGACCCCGAGAAAUCAGACAGCCAAGUUAUUAAGGACAUUUCCCUAAAAACAAGAGAGCUCUUGACCAACCUAGCAUCGUUUGCAGAAGUUUCAGACGAUGGAGAAAAGCCAGCACUCAGUUUUGAAGCACUAAAGCAGAAACGGUUUCCACCGGCCACAGAAAACUUCCUUUAUCACCUAGCGGCAGCUGAACACAUGCUGAAAAUCUGACUUUGUGACAGAAAGUGUCGCUCAGGGCGGAUCUAAAGCUCCCCUUUCACUAUGAUUAUCCCCUCAAUAUGUAAAAUACUGAAAAUAACAAAGAAAAUGUUAUAUUUUUAAUGAUUUAUUUGCAAGUAUUGACAUUUGACCUGGAAAACACUGAAACACAUGUGGAAACACAUCUAAUUUUCUCCUUUUGAUUAGUUCUAUGCCUGCCGUCAGUGCUGGACAAAGCACUGUCACGGCCAUAGAUAAUGUUGACCGGCCGACAUCCCGGAGUAAGAGAAAAGCUCUGCCUAGCUCCCGUGCGAGUCCUAGCAGAUUUGCGCGCUGUCAUCAUUCUAAGUUCCUGUCUGUCUCACUGUGUAGCCACAAACUAACGGUUUAUUUUCAGAAAGCUGCCUGAAAUUUUGCUUUGUAUUCUUCUAGGAAGAACUUCAAUUCCUCAUGAGGAACUCUACUUUCUGAGCCAAACUACUACGUUUUCUGCACAGCUGUCUGAAAGGUCAUUUAAAAGGCCCUGCAGUUGCACUUUCUUGUAAAAGAAAAAAAAAUUCUUUUUUUUUGGCCUUUGAACAUUUUGCCUAUGAGGGUUUUGCAUAGAUUUUAUACUUGAGUAGACAACUUUAAUAAUCCGUAUUUAUACUGUCUCAGAGGUACACAUUUGGCCAACUUAAGCCGUCAAUACUAUCCAUUUAACCCUGUUGCUAGCAAUAUUCUUUUGAAAAACCUGCCAGUCCUUAUGUUUUAACCCGUUGCCAUUGAGUCGAUUCUGACUCAUGGCGACCCUUUAGGACAGAGGAGAACUGCCCCAUAGGGUUUCCAAGGAGCAGCCGGUGGAUUCGAACUGUUGACCUUUUGGUUAGCAGCCUUAGCUCUUAAACACUGUGCCAAUAGAAUAAAAUAAGCUGAUUUUGAAUAUAACUGUAUGACAGAAACAGCAAUUUUAUACGGUUGGCAAGAGACUUAAGACUAUCUUGCAGGGGCCAAGACCAGAGAAUGUCUUCAAACAACUUCAGUAAAAACCAUUAGGCCAUGUCUGAAGGGGACUGUUCUUGUUCAGUACACACCUUUUUUGUAAUUGGAGACCUUAAAAUUAUCAAGCAAAAUUAUGUAAAUUAUGUACUUGUUAUUUUUUGUAUUCGUAUGAAUUAUGAAAGACUAUUUUUCACUCAUUAACACUGAUGUCCUUAGAAAUCUUACCCAGAAGAAUGUUUGCAGAAAAACUUGGUAUCAGAUCUUUAUUCUUAGUGUUUGACAUUUACUAAGCAAAAAUUAAAAAAAUAGCCUUUUCUCCUCCCUCCUUGGGUGAUGGCAAGAGGAGAUGGGAAAUGAAAUGAUAUUUACUGAGGCGAACAAUUGAAGAUUAAAUCUGCACUUUAUGAAAAUGAA